UCCUUGAAAAUGGGGCAAUCUAAAAAACAAGGACAUCCACUGUCUCUGUUUUUCCGUGUUGACGCGGUAAGUGAAUGUUCGAGAAGGUGGGUUUAAGCGCACAUCAGAAACAGACAUCUCUCAAAACCAGUGGGCGUUUCAUUGAAUCUUCUUCAUCACUGCCAAAAACGACAAACCAAAAUUUUAAAACAUAAAUCUCCAACCCCAUUUUCUCACACACACUCUCUUUUUCUCUUCCAAUUACAACACAAUCAGUCUGAGAUUCGCCACCGAAAAACCUCUCACCAUGGUUUCUCGCCAUUUGGUUUCGCUCUUCCUCUGUUUCCUCUGUUUCGAGAUCUCUGUUUCAUCAAUUCGAUUGCCCGGUUUGGACCAAGACGCCAAGGCCACGCAUGGAUCGGUGCUUAGGUUGAACAGAGGAGGCUCUUCAGUGAAGUUUGAUCCCACACGGGUCACUCAGCUCUCGUGGAGUCCCAGGGCUUUUCUCUACAAGGGCUUUUUAUCCGAUGAAGAAUGUGAUCAUUUGAUAACUCUGGCCAAGGACAAGCUGGAGAAGUCUAUGGUGGCAGAUAACGAGUCUGGUAAAAGCAUAAUGAGUGAAGUCAGAACGAGUUCUGGGAUGUUUCUCAACAAGGCACAGGAUGAAAUAGUUGCUGGUAUUGAAGCCAGAAUUGCUGCAUGGACAUUCCUUCCUAUAGAGAAUGGUGAGUCGAUGCAAAUAUUGCACUAUGAGAAUGGUCAGAAGUACGAACCACAUUUUGAUUACUUCCAUGACAAAGCUAAUCAAGUUAUGGGUGGCCAUCGGAUUGCCACUGUAUUGAUGUAUUUGUCUGAUGUUGAGAAGGGCGGGGAAACAAUUUUUCCCAAUGCCAAGGCAAAGUUGUUGCAGCCAAAAGAUGAGAGCUGGUCUGAAUGUGCUCACAAAGGAUAUGCAGUAAAACCUCGGAAGGGUGAUGCCUUGUUGUUCUUCAGUCUCCAUCUGGAUGCAAGUACAGAUAAUAAGAGCUUGCAUGGAAGCUGUCCAGUCAUUGAGGGAGAGAAGUGGUCUGCAACCAAGUGGAUUCACGUCAGUGACUUUCAAAAACCAAUCAAGCAAGUGGAUAGUGGAGACUGUGUUGAUGAGAAUGAGAAUUGCCCUAGGUGGGCUAAAGUAGGUGAAUGUGAGAAGAAUCCACUUUAUAUGGUUGGUGGUGAAGGAGUAAAAGGAAGCUGUAUGAAGAGUUGCAAUGUUUGCUCUUCUUAGGGCGUCUAUUACCCUUUCUUUGCUCUGAAAUGCAUGUAGAGUCAUAAUACGUCGUCAAAUAUAUUGUAUAUAACAUUCAUUUUUGUUGAACUUCAAUAUGGAACUCUGCCAGUACAUUGCAAAGCUGUUUUUUAUUUAUUUUUAAAUACUGUUUUUUUGAAAAAGCACAAGGAUUUUACAAUGGCCAAAGAUAAGAACCGGAUGUGUUCUGUCAAGAGGGUGUUUGGAUUGCUUGCUAUCACUUUUCAUGUAUUUUGGAUACGGGUUGUGUUCGAGUAAA